CCGGACUCCGAAGAAAUGAAUAGUCGGGGCUCCAAUAACCGGCUAUCAUCAUCCACCUCCACUUUCCGAUCUCGAAUUUCAUUUCUAAUGCUCUCUAUGUUCUCUGCUAUGGCUGCUCUUUAUGUUGCCGGCAGGUUGUGGCUGGACUCGGAGAAUAGGGUAUAUCUUAUUCAAGAGCUUGAUAGGAGAACCGGACAGGGUCGUUCGGCUAUAUCAGUAGAUGAUACAUUGAAGAUCAUAACCUGCAGGGAACAACAGAAGAGGCUAGCUGCACUUCAGAUGGAACUGGGUAAAUCCAGUCAGGAAGGUUUUGUAUCGAAGCAUCUACUGGAUAACUAUGGGAAGGAUUCAAAGAAAAAGCUUCUAGCUGUUGUAGGUGUCUCUACAAAGUUUGGCAACAAGAAAAACAGAGAUGCGAUUCGCAAAGCAUGGAUGCCUACUGGUGCUGCUCUAAAAAAAUUACAGGAGGAGAAAGGUAUCGUAAUACGAUUCGUCAUAGGAAGAAGUUCAAAUCGCGGAGACAGUUCAGAUAGAGCCAUUGAUGAUGAGAGCAGGCAUUCCAAUGACUUCAUCAUUCUUAAUGACCAUGUGGAGUCUCCUCAAGAGCAAUCAAAGAAGACAAAGUCAUUUUUUGCUCAUGCUGUUGAGCAUUGGGAUGCUGAGUUUUAUGCCAAGGUCAACGACAAUGUCUAUGUUAAUUUAGAUGCUGUUGGAACAGUACUUGCCAGCUAUUUGGAUAAGCGUCGUGCCUACAUAGGGUGUAUGAAAUCUGGCGAAGUUUUCUCACAGCCGGAACAGAAAUGGUAUGAACCAGAGUGGUGGAAAUUUGGGGAUGGAAAAUCAUACUUCAGGCAUGCGUCUGGUGAAAUAUUUGCCAUAUCAAAGGCGUUGGCUCAAUUUAUUUCUAUCAACAGAUCAAUACUUCGCACAUAUGCUCAUGAUGAUGUGAGUGCUGGAUCCUGGUUCAUCGGCCUUGAUGUGAAGCAUGUUGAUGAAGGGAAGUUCUGCUGUUCUUCCUGGUCUUCAGGGUCUGUAUGCGCAGCAGCUUGAUUGGAUUGCCUCUUUUAGUACAUAUGGAGAAUCAGUCACUGGAGAACAUUCAAUUUGGGAAGACCAUAUCAUUUUUGCUGCAAUUUGCUUCUGGUGCCGGGCUUGAAGUUUUUUUACUCCAAUCUUGAAGGGCCCUGUGGUAGAGAGAGCGAACCCUUAGUUUAGGACACCACCGUGCCCUCGAGGAAUGUACAAAGUGUUGUUGGAGUAUAGGAACUGUAGUCAGAAAAGUUCUCGGUGUGAUAAUGUAUUCAUAGAGUGCACAUUGUCCAUUAUUUUAUCAUGUACUAUUGAUAUCAUUUUCUGGAGAUAUAGAGUUCGUUGCACUAUGUGGGGAUGCUGAGUCACUUAA